UUCUCUCAAGAACGUAACCUUCCUUGCAUACAAUUUUUUUGCCAUUUUCCUGCUUCCUUCCACUUAAUCUGUGGAAAUUCGAAGGGGCCAGUUUACAUUUUUUAAGUUGUUAGCAUAUAAGAAAUGGGAGGGUGUUGCAGUUGCCAUGUUUCAUUUGUAGGACAGGUGCAUGAUGUGGAAUGUGAAGGUAACCAUAGCAGUGAUGUUGCAUGUAAACGUGGUAGGGCCCGUGUCAUGCUAAGAGGGUCCUCUGAGUUUGUGUCAAUGUUCAGCCAAAAGGGUACGAAAGGAAUUAAUCAAGAUGCAUUGACAGUUUGGGAGGACUUCACUGGACAAAAGGAUAUGACCUUUUGUGGCGUGUUUGAUGGUCAUGGUCCUCUAGGACACAAGAUUGCACAACGCAUACGUGACAAACUACCCUCAAAAGUCUCAGCAUCAAUCAAACAGUCACAACAAAAUUUCAGCCAACACCAUGAUGCUAAUGUAUCAGAUGGAGGCACUGAUAGCGAAAUAUAUGUUGAGGAUCAACAAAACAUGUCCUUUGCUUCAUGGGAGGAAAGCUUUAUGAGGUGCUUCAAGGAAAUGGACGAGGAGAUUGAAAAGAACAUUGACACUGAUGGAUUUCGUGGUGGUAGCACUGCUGUAACUCUAAUCAAACAGGGUGACCAAUUAAUAAUUGGCAAUUUGGGAGAUUCUCGUGCAGUUCUAUGCAGAAGAGCACAUGACAACAAUCUUAUUCCUGUUCAACUUACUGUUGACUUUACCCCAGAUGUUCCAAGUGAAGCUUUAAGAAUCAUUAAUUGUCGAGGUAGAAUUUUUGCUGCUAAAGAAGAUCCAAGCGUAAAUAGAGUAUGGAUGUCUGAAGGGAGCUUCCCAGGACUGGCUAUGGCAAGAGCCUUUGGAGAUUUCUGCCUUAAAGACUAUGGUGUCAUCUCAGUACCUGAUGUAUCUUACAGAAAACUUACCAGACAAGAUGAAUUUGUGGUUUUGGCUUCUGAUGGGAUAUGGGAUGUGCUAACAAACAGUGAAGUAAUAAACAUAGUUGCUUCAGCUCCAAAAAGGUCCAUGGCAGCCAAAUUGUUAGUAAAUCAUGCUGUUCAGGCUUGGAGACACAAGUAUGGUUUCAAGGUUGAUGAUUGUACAGCCUUAUGUUUGUUCCUGAAGGAUUAGCCUGUUUUAUGGGAACAAUAGUCAUCACUUGAAGCACCUUCAUUGAUCAUAAUCUAGACAUGUACACAUUGAAAGUGUAGAUGGAAAGAGUAUGGUAGAAUCAAGAGGAAGAACGGGAAGCUCUUGGAGUGUUCUCUAGAGUCAACUUCGAAUCAUGGAUAGCAACCCUCUCUACCUCAGCCAGAAAUCGACAAAUCCUAAAGUAUGAUGUCAGGAGUGCUAGUGCCACUAACUAGUCAACAAUUGUAUGGCCAGAAGAUUUUGGUUUUGACAUGAUCCCAGAAAUAGGCAAUCAUUUUAGCCUUGUGAUUUUGGUGUGAUCACAUGUGAGAAUUUUUUUUUCUAUCUAUGUAUGAUGAGCUUUGAUAAAUUUUAGCACUCUAGAUCAUGUUUUUUGGCUUGGGUACCAAUGAGUUCAAUGAAGAACUAAGGAGCACCUUUCUAUUUAUUUUCAAUUGGACUCUUCGGU